AUGACUUCCUCACUUAGUAUUAUCAUUCUUUGUUUGGUUGGAGCUGUUAGAGCAGGAUAUCAUCAUGGAGGCACUAGUUAUUCAGUUUUGACCAAACAUGAAAUUCCUCAUCAUCAUCCAGUGCAUCAUUUACCACCUGUUUUGGCAUUAGGACAUGGACCAAUCAUCAAGCACGAACAUCAUGAACCAUCACAUUAUCCAAAAUAUAGUUUUGAUUAUGGUGUAAAGGAUGCUCAUACCGGAGAUCAAAAGAGUCAAUGGGAACAUCGUGAUGGAGAUCAUGUUAAGGGUGGAUAUACUCUUAAAGAAGCAGAUGGUACUACUCGAGUUGUUGAAUAUACAGCUGAUGAUCAUUCAGGAUUUAAUGCGAUUGUUAAGAAUAUUGGGCAUGCUCAUCAUCCUGUUGUGCAUCAUGAUGUUAGUGGACAUCAUAGUGGAGGUUAUGAUCAUGGACAUGCUAGUAGUUAUGUUAAUGUUAAACAACACUCAGAUCAUCCAGGAUACGCAUUUAGCUAUGGUGUGAAAGACCUUCACACAGGUGAUGUCAAAUCCCAAUGGGAGUCUCGAGAAGGUGAUACGAUCAAGGGUCACUACAGUGUCCUGGAGCCUGAUGGAUCAAUAAGAACCGUUGACUAUACAGCUGAUUCUAAAAAUGGAUUCAAUGCAGUCGUAAAAACAGUUGGAGCGAAUUCACAUCCCAUCACAGAUUCACCACAUUCAGAAGCUGGAAAAAAUGAUGACACUUCUCAAUCAAAAAUCAAUCAUUACAGCAAGGACCAGGAACAUAUAGUUCUUAGUUCUGAUUUAAGUCCAGUUAAGAAACCUUUAGAAGAUCUCACACAUUCUCAUCCCAAGGUUCCCAGUCUAGUUGAAUUACGUCCACAAGCUAGAAUAAAGCAAAUUCCAAUGGAACUUGCAAUGCAAGAAAUGCAUGAUAAACUAAAGUCCUCCCGAGAUGAAUAUCAUCCAACUGUUGAAAAUGAAUACGGUUUUCAACCUAAAACAGUGCCAUAUGAUAUUGAUGAAACUGAAUGGAAAGCAAUGGCAAGUAGUGGUGAUUCAUUGACACAGAAAAAAUACUAUCCAAGUCAACAAAAUUUCGAUCAAAAUUUACAAAUUGAAGAACAAUUACCACCAAAACCAAAGAAACGUCCUGAAUUGCAAUUACCUAAAAAACCACAAAAUGAAGUUCUUCAUACGAAUUUUAUAUCAUCAAAACCAACUGUUUUGAGGACUUAUCAUCAUGGAGAACAUAUUAAAAAUAAUUACAAUAAUAAUAAUGGUGGUAUUGUGAAAAAAGGAGUUUAUACAACACCAGGUUUGAAACAUUAUUCAACAUAUCCGAAACAAUACAACAGUAAACAUAGACCACAAAAUGAUUAUGCUAAUUAUUUUCAACGAAAACCGAAAAAUUUUAGAAAUAAAAAACAACCUGAUCCUGAAGGUCCGGUUAUGUUUCCAUCGGGUGAAGAUGAACAGAUGGCUGCUUCAGCUAGAUUAGUACAGUCGAUGAUAAAGAAGGAUAAUAAAAAGCAUAUGGCGCCGAUGUAUGCGAGACAUAAUGCAGAUAGUUUUAAGAGGGGUAUAUUCCUUUAA